GUAUUUCCUUAUCCUCUGACGUUUGACAUUGAGACGAGGUUAUUGCACUUAUUAAAACCGGGAUUUAUUAAAAUAAUUUGAUAAAACAUUUGUAAUGGUGCUGGCAGUGCAAAACACCGGGACCCAGACAACGUUUUAUGAAGCUGCGAUUGCUGGCGGCCUAGCAGGAGCCUUCACGAGAGCAGUAGCGCAACCCCUCGACGUUCUAAAAAUACGAUUCCAACUCCAACUCGAACCGAUAGAAAAUGGAUCGAAAUACAGCUCUAUACUACAAGCAGUCGGCAGUAUUGUGAAGGAAGAAGGAAUUUUCACAUUAUGGAGUGGGCACGUACCAGCGCAGUUGUUAUCAAUAUCUUAUGGAGUCCUGCAGUUUUCCGUAUUUGAAUCGCUCACGCAAGUAUGCAAGGGUUCUGAUAUGGCCUUCUAUAACACUCAUAGACAUUGGAUAAACUUUACUAAUGGUGGUGUGGCUGCUGCCGUGGGUACUGUCGUAUCUUUUCCCUUUGAUACAGUCAGAACUAGGUUGAUAGCUGAGCAGAAAACAAAAAAAGCCUACAAAGGGUUUACACAUGCAGUUACACAUAUGGUUAAGACUGAGGGUGUAGCAUCAUUAUUCAAAGGCUUGACUCCCACACUUGGGCAGAUUGCCCCCCAUGCUGGCAUACAGUUUGCAGUAUACAGGCUGUUCACAGAGACUGUAUUUAACAGAAUACCGUUCUUCCAAAGACAAAAGACUAUGCACUCUGUGGUGGAAUCCUCAUUAAUGGCAAACUUGAUAGCUGGCUCUAUAGCAGGGUUUGUGUCAAAAACAGCCAUUUAUCCAUUUGAUUUAGUGAAAAAGAGACUACAGAUUCAAGGUUUUCAACAAUAUAGGAAAGAGUUUGGUAAGCAAAUGUACUGUAAUGGUUUGUUACAUUGUGUGAAGUUGACUAUCACAAUGGAAGGGUUCCUAGCACUCUACAAAGGCUAUGGGCCAAGUAUGCUGAAGGCGGUGUUAGUGUCCGCAAUGCACUUCGCAGUGUAUGAUGAAAUCAAACACAUGUUUUUGCGGUUGAAGAGUUGAUGACCAUAGAGAAUACUUAGAAACUAAUUGAAAAUGAUAUUUAGCCAAUAUUUAUUUUGUGAUUAUCAGUUGUAAUGUGAAUCAGCAGGAAUUGAACUUUUUAUGUUAAAUAAUAAUAAAUAAUAUAAAGACUA